AUGGAUCCGGCUGGCUGGCUGGCUCGGUCGGUGGGCCUUUGUCUGUUUCAUCCUCGCCUGCCUUCUGUCUGUGUGCUUCUCCCUCCCUUCUUCUUCUUCAGACUCAGAGAGCGAGCCCCAGUGCCAGAUUUAGCCAUCGAUCAGGGGCGGCUCCAUCGUUUUCUCUUUCCUUCCUUCAGCUGAUCAGGGAGCAUCGAUUCUAUUCCCUUUUUCUUCCUAUUUGUUUGUUGUUUUUAUUUUCAGGGUAUUAUCAUCAAAUGAUAAAAAAAGGAUAAAAAUUCACAAGGAAUUCCGCUUGGCGAUGUCCGCUGCAGCUUCUGAACGAGCGAGGCUGCGAAGAAGAACCCAAACUCCAUUGAAAUUGUUUGACCCACCCACCCCUCCUUCUUCCCUAAUAAGGGUGGGCUGGAGCUUGCACGAGGAUCUUUGACGUGCUGUGGACAAGGUUAAGUAACAAGUAUUACUAUAACAGAAACAACCACCUGCUGGCAUGGAUAAUGCUUCAAAUGGAAGCAGUGGAACGAAUGAAGUGUUGGGAAGGGAACCAUCAUCUUCUAGGAGUUCAGCUCCAGCAAUUGACUCGUCAAAUAAAGGAUUUCAGCUUCUAAAGAAACAUGGCUGGAAGGAAGGGACUGGUCUUGGGAUUUAUGAGCAGGGUAGGUUGGAGCCAGUUGAGACGCAUAUGAAAAAUAACAAGCAUGGCCUUGGUGCAGAUAAAGUGAAGAAGAAAAUCCCGAAAACUUCCAACGCUGCUGCUUCUGAUGGCAAAGAUGGGAAUGAAAAACUACAGUCAAAGAAGUCCAAGGCACUGUCAAAGAAGGCAAGGAAGAUGCUGGAGUUGGAGAAGCAGUUGCAGGAUAAGGAAUUUGAGCGGGCUUUCUUCCGAGAGUUUUGGCCGGAGAAUGUUUGACUCGUAGAAUCUGUAAGUUUUCUGAUAGUCUUCUCCUCGCCUUUAAGGACUAAACAAGAUGUACAUUAGUGCUAGUCAUCCUCGAAAAUUCCCAGCUUUGCUACAUUCAUGUACUGCUUUUGGUCAGAAUGAGAUUAGGAGUUUGUGGCCAUUACUCUUGUCACACAAGUUUUAAUUGCACGACAAUCCUCAGUGUACAGAUAUCUAGAGAUUAUGAAAUGACAGUUCCAGUGUUAGCUUAUUAUUUGUUGUUACCCUCAUUGCAUAGUAAAGCAGGAUCUACAUUUAUUGAAUUUCA